AUGGCCGACUCUUCUGCAAACCUCAAGGUGCUCGUCGUCGGGGCAGGCAUCGGCGGCCUCUCCGCUGCCAUCGCUCUCCGCCAGCAGGGCCACCACGUCGAGGUCUUCGAGAAGUCCCGCCUGGCCAGCGAAGUGGGCGCAGCCGUCCACUGCGCCCCAAACUGCACCGCCCUGCUCAACCGCAUGGGAAUCUACCCGGACACUUUCGGCGCAACUGUGAACGAGAGCAUUAACUUCCGGGAUAAGGAUGCCGUUUCCCGCUUUAGCAAAGCUUACGCCGACGAGCGGAGGCACUGGCAGGCCGAAUAUUAUCUCGUCCACCGCGUCGACCUGCACACCGCGCUCAAGGACAAAGCACUCUCACAGGACGGCCCGGGCACGCCUGCCACCCUGCACACCGCAUGCGCCGUGACCGACGUCGACUGCGACUCGGCCACCAUCACCUUCGCCGACGGCACCACCGCCACCGGAGACGUCGUCGUCGCCGCAGACGGCAUCCACUCCCGAGCCCGCAGUGCUGUAGUCGGCCGCGAAGUCCCGCUCUUCACCUCGGGCAAGUGCGGCUACCGCUGGCUGACCCCCACCCAGGCUCUGCUGGAGGAUGAGGAGACCCAGAUCUUUGCCCAGGAGCCAGGCCAGGUCGUCCAGGUGGGUGGCGAGGGCAGCAAUGGCGACUUUCGGCGUAUCGUCUUCUAUCCAUGCUCCAACGGCAAAAUCAUGAACGCCAUCGCUUUCGUGCCUACGCCAGAGGUGGGUCCCAUCCAGAAAGGUCUGUCGGGAUACAACCAGUCGGCCAACAGAGGCAAGCUGAUCCAGCACUUCGACGGCUUCUCCUCGCCCGUCAUGCACAUGCUGGAGAAAGCCCCCGCCGAGGACGUGAUGCUCUGGGACUUGCUCGACAUGGAGGUCCUGCCCACCUUCAUACGCGGCCGCGCUGUUCUUCUCGGAGACGCCGCACACCCUUUCCUUCCAUACAUGGGCCAGGGCGCCGCCCAAGCCGUCGAAGACGCUGCUGCUCUGGGCGCCUGUCUUCCUGCUGGCACCCCGGCCGAAGAAGUCCCCCAGAGACUGCGCGUCUGGGAGCAGUGCCGAAAGGAGCGGGCGGAUUGGGUUCAGGAAGUAACCAGGGUUCGAGGCAGGGAUCCCAAUGGGAAACAAGGUCCACCCCAGACUCCCGAAGCCUUCGCUGACGCACUCGAGCGUUGCGUCUCUCACAAUGCUUGGGAUCACGCCAUGAGUGUCAUGAACUCUUUGGCCGAAGGGCGAAACGAUGAAAGGAUAGCAGCUUCGCUUUGA